UCCUUCUCGCUGCACUACAAACUUUCAGCAGUCUGCUCGGUGUUGCACUCAAAGACUUUCCGCGUCUCUGCAAAUGAAACUGGAGCAAAUCGGAUCUCGCCUUUCUUUCUUUCAGCACUCUGUGUGAAACCAGUCGUGGCUUUUAAAAAGUUGCAUCAAUCAAACUAGGAUCGUGGUCGGUCCUGCAAAAAAACAGCGACCCCGGCAGAACUACUAACAGAAAAAGAAAAGAAAAUGUCUGCAACAUCACUCUUAGCCGCGUUCUACGACAUCGAGUUGCUUUCCAAGCAAACUGAGAAUUCCUUCAACAUGAACACCAUAAACCUGAACAAUAUGCUGGAGAAGCAGCCAGUCGCUAUUGCAGCGAAUACUUCCAGCAGCAGCACGAACUGCGCCUCUUACACCCCUGGGUUUAUCCGGCGAAACUCGAGCAGCAAUCUGCAGACUGUCAAUUCCUCCAAGUACCCUAACAAUUCCUACAACAGUAAAGAAACCACGACCAGUUGCUGCAGUAGCGCCUCCACCACUGCCCAGAUGAACAAGGAGAACCGAUUCCGGGACCGCUCCUUCAGCGAGAACGGAGAGCGCAGUCAGCAGCUGGAGGCGCAGAUCCAGCAGCAGAAAGCCGGCUCUCAGAUCAACUCCACCCGCUACAAAACCGAGCUCUGCCGGCCCUUUGAGGAGAGCGGCGCCUGCAAGUACGGUGAGAAGUGUCAGUUUGCCCACGGGUACCACGAACUCAGGAGCCUGUCACGCCACCCCAAGUACAAAACCGAGCCCUGCCGCACUUUUCACACCAUUGGCUUCUGCCCCUACGGACCACGGUGCCACUUCAUCCACAACGCUGACGAGAGGAGACCGGCCCCUUGCAAUGCUAACAGCGCCGUGCAAGGGCUCGCCCUGCAGGCGAACGAGCUGUGUGGUUACAGUCAAAGGGACGGCAUGCAGCACCAGCACACGAGUUUCAGUCAAAGGGACAGACCAAAGCUGCACCACAGCUUGAGCUUUUCAGGCUUUUCCAACCAUCAUGGACCUGAAUCGCCCCUGGUGGAGAGCCCCACGUCCCGCACCCCACCGCCCCCUUCCUCCGCCUCCUCCUCCUCCUCCUCCUCCUCUUCGUCUUCUUCCUCAUCCACGCUCUACGAAGACAUGCUGUCCCCCAGCUCGCUGUCCUGUGCCAACAACGCCUUCUCUUUCCCCAGACAGGAGCUGAGGAACCUUCUCGCCCCUCUGGCUAUACAGACCCACAACAGUGCCUAUUACAUGAACCACCACCAUGCCAACGCGUGCACCCCUUCCCCGCCGUGCAACAUGAGUCACUUGCAGUCGCUGAGACCUUUGUCCGAGUCGCCCGUGUUCGACUCCCCUCCGAGCCCUCCAGACUCCCUCUCGGACCGCGAGAGCUACGCGAGCGGGUCCCGAAGCUCUUCUGGGAGUCUGAGCGGCUCCGAGUCUCCAAGCUUGGAGUCUGGAAAGCGUCUGCCAAUCUUCAGCAGGCUAUCUAUUUCUGACGAUUAGACGUUGUUUCAUUGCGUUUAUAAGAAAUGACGUUGUCUCUUCUAAAAUCCACCAUCUUGUCUAAAAUCUACCACCUUGCCUUUUGAGACGACACCGGUAACACAAAUACAAACAAAACUGACUGCAUAAAAAGAUGAUUAAAAAAAUAUAUAUAUACACCAUAUCAGUUUAAGACUUUGUGUUCGGGAAACGUAAAAGAAAUGUCGAAUGUUGUGGACAUAGCAUUAGAUACAGUUUUUUCUUUGUAUUAAAUAACACCAACAGAAGGCAUUCCAUCACCAAUAAUUUAAAACUAUCUAUAUAUAUAUAUAUAUAUAUAUAUAUAUAUAAUAUAUAUAAUAAAUAAAGAUAAACUUCGGUCUUUUCCAAGUAAGCAAGAAAAAAACAAACCCCGACAGUUUAUUAAGGAAAAGCAACAACAUCAGGUCUAUUCAAUCUGUGAUGACUUUUAAAAAAAAAAGAAAUGCAACAAACGUUCUGCCAAGAAUAUGCCUUUUUUGUCAAAAGACUUGUACAUUAUUAUUAUUAUUAUUAUUAUUAUUAUUAUUAUUAUUAUUAUUGGUGUGUGCAAAAAGCUGAACUUUCAUUCCAAAACUUUUAUUCCGUGUUGUAGUGCCGCCACCCAGUGGCAGGAUAUGGCGUGGCACGUCCACGUUUCUACUGUUGCUGUGUUGUUGUUGAAAGCACUCGGUUCUUGGUGUCAAGCUAGUUGUUUGGGGAUAACGGCUGAUCGUUGGAUUUAUUGUUUUUUAGCUGUUUUGAGUUGAUUGCAUAGCAUUGCACACAGCUUGCUAUGAAAACUAUUUAACUUAUUUAUUGUCUUGUGAAAAGUAUAGGCUACAUUGAUAACUGUCCAUACGAUAUUUCUUGAGUGAUGAAAGCAAUAGAUAUAUAUUCUUUUAUUGUGUUUAAAUUAUGAUUGCCAUUAUUAAUCUUCAGAAUGUGCAGUGUGUUUUCUUUUCACAGUAAUAUAUGAUUUAAAUUUUGUUUUUUUGUAACUUCACUUGGUUAUUUUAUUAUACAUGAGUAAAAAAACAAAACAAAAAAAAUCUUAAUUUAAGAGAUUAUGUAAUAUUUAUUUCAUUUAAUUUGUUUCCUUGUUUACGUAAACAAAAUGUAAGGAUUGCAUGGUUUCUAUGUUCUUUUAGAAAUCAGGUCUUCGUGCUGUGGAAGUAGUUAUUGUGGAUUUCUCCAGGCUUUUGUGUGGAGAAUGUGAAAGUAGUGAAACAUGGUUGACGGGCUAUCUGAAAAAGCUCAAAUGUAAACUAGCCUUGCCCCUUUUUUUUUUUUUUUUUUUUUUUUUUUUUU